UUUAAUCUGUCAAGUCUCAAGUGUCAGACCGUCAACAAUUUGGUCAACACCCCCUAAAAACAGUUACUUCUUAACAAUCCGCUCGUUACGUUUUUACCAGAAUGAUAUCAGAGAGAGAUUACGCGCCACUGAGCGCAGCGUGCAUCAGAUCUUUGAACGACAAGCUCUACGAAAAACGAAAAGCAGCCGCAGUCGAGAUAGAGAAAAUGGUUAAGGAGUUCGCAGCAAGUAACAACACUGUCUUGAUUAAGCGACUCCUGAAGGUGUUGGGCCAAGAUUUUGCCACCUCGCAAAAUCCGCACACUAGGAAAGGCGGACUGAUAGGUUUAGCUGCGAUAGCUGUUGGAUUAGGAAAAGACAUUGGUCAGUAUACCGAAGAACUUAUUCACCCGAUUUUGGCCUGCUUCUGCGACCCUGACCUUAGUGUCAGAUAUUAUGCUUGUGAGAGUUUAUACAACGUUGUUAAAGUAGCAAGAGCUUCAGUCCUCCCUCAGUUCACAGACAUAUUUAGCGCACUCAGUAAAUUGGCCUGUGAUUCAGAACAGACCGUCAAAAAUGCUACGGAACUUCUUGACAAAUUGAUGAAGGACAUCGUCACAGAAAGUGGGAUGUUCGAUUUGGUCGGCUUCAUGCCUCUGCUCAGAGAGCGUAUUUACACCAAGAAUCCGUUCGGCAAACAAUUUGUCAUUGCUUGGGUAUCUGUUUUGGAUGCAGUCCCAGAUAUAGACUUUAUCGUUUUCCUUCCUGAGAUAUUGGAUGGCUUAUUUAGGAUAUUAGAGGACCCGACACUUGAAAUAAAAAAGAUAACAGAUACUGUUCUUGGGGAGUUUCUCAGAAGUAUCAAAUCAAACCCUGACAGGGUUGACUUUUCUGCUAUGAUUAACAUCCUUAUCACUCAUGCCCAAAGCAGCGACGAGCUGCUACAGCUAACCGCUAUCACCUGGAUAAAAGAGUUUGUACAAUUAUCUGGGCCUGCCAUGCUGCCCUACAUGUCCGGUAUAUUUACUGCAGUUUUACCGUGUCUUGCCUAUGAUGGGGAUAAUCGUAAGAAUAUAAAGGAAACAGCUGUUAAAGUAAAUAACAGCUUGAUGAAACUUAUAACAAUUGAAAAUACAGAGGCAGUUAACAAGACUUUGAGUUCUAGAGAGGAUUCUACUGGCGACUCAGGGAAACUUAGUCAUCCAUUGGCAGAGACUUUGGACCUAUCUAGCGUCGUCGAGGUUCUGAUCAAGCACUUGAUGCACACAUCUGUGCAGACAAAAGUAGCAGUUUUAAAAUGGAUUCAUCAUUUAUUCACAAAUAUUCCUCACAGAAUGUUUAAUCAUAUCGAUGAAUUUUUCCCAGUAUUAAUGAGAAAUCUAAGUGACAGCUCAGACGAUGUUGUUCAGCAGGACUUAAUUGUCUUAGCAGAGAUUAUAAGUUCCAAGUCUAUCGAUGAUUCAAUAAGUCGUAAUAAAUAUUACAAAAAAUUUAUAAUCAAUCUACUGAGACUAUUUUCAACUGACAGACAUUUGCUCGAAGAACGGGGUAAUUUCAUCAUCAGAGAAUUAUGCGUGCUACUCAGCGCAGAGGAUAUUUAUAAAACAUUGGCUAUCAUUUUAUCUGAGGAACAAAAUCUGAGAUUUGCCAGUAUAAUGGUGCAAACUCUAAACGUGAUUUUACUAACCAGUGCUGAACUGUUUGAUCUACGAAAUAAAUUGAAAGACUUGGAAACCCAGGAAAGCUGCGACCUUUUCGUGUGUCUAUACGAAUCUUGGAGUCAUAAUCCAGUCGCCACUGUCGCUCUGUGUUUUUUGACACAAAAUUAUGGACACGUUUGCGACCUCAUAAGAUCAUUUGGAAAUAUCGAAGUAACUGUGGAAUUUUUAACAGAAAUUGACAAAUUAGUUCAGCUUAUUGAAUCUCCAAUAUUUACUUAUCUAAGACUCGAGUUAUUAGAAGUGGGAAAAAGCAAAGCUCUAAUACGUGCUCUGUAUGGUCUUCUCAUGAUUUUACCGCAAAGUGAAGCGUUUACGACGCUGCACCGCCGACUGGCAGCAAUUCCUCCAAGAGAGCCAUUGCAGGAGCACCCUAGAACAAAUGCGCUUUCAGGACCUGCCGAAAGAAUCGAUUUUGAAAAGCUUUUGAAACACUUUGUUUCAGUUCAAGAAAAGCACAAAGAACAAAAGCUCAAACAGAGGCAAAGUGCACUUAUCGAAAGAGACGUUAGUCACUUGGACAUUUGACCAUUCAAUUUUUGAUUCAAUAGUCUCGGGAUCGCAGAAUUGUAAUUGAAUACAUUCAUACUAUGCAAUAAUCGAAAUUACACAGAUACACGUCUCAGUACGGUAAAAUGUCAGUCAUCUAGUUGCUUGUGUACAUUUCGGAGCCAAGUAACGAUAAUUUUCCUAAGUACAGAGAAUAUACAUUGUUA